AUGGGAAAACUUAUAGCCCUUGGUAUAUCACUCAUCCUUGUUGUUGGUGUCGUUAUCGGUACCGUUGUUGGUGUAAACAAAGGUAGGCAUCCAAAGGAUGACUUGUCUUCAAAAGACAUUGCCAGCGGUAGUACAUCAACGACAAUGAAAAGCGUCAGCGCAAUCUGUGCCUCCGCCUACUACGAAGAUUCUUGCAUUAGAACCCUUACCCCUGUAGCCAAAAAUGAAAGUGCUACCCCCCAUGACUACCUCAAAGCUUCCUUUGAGGCCAUCGUCGAGGAGGUGCAAGCAGCACUGGAAAAAUUUGGGGUCAUAGGCAAAGAUGCCAAUAGCUCCAUCGAUAAGAUGGCAGUCGGGGAUUGCAAGGAAUUGAUGCAAUAUGCCAUCUCCGAGUUGCAAUCCGCCAUCUCCAUGGUGAAUGACCCUAAAAGGCACCCAGCAAGUGAUCYUGUUGCGGAGCUCAAGAACUGGUUGAGCGCUGUCGUGUCUUAUGAAGAGACAUGCACCGAGGGAUUCGAACACCCAAAGCUGAAGAGUUCAAUGGAGAACGGGCUCCUCAAUGCCACUCAACUUACUGGCAAUGCCCUCGCCAUCGUCACCGAGUUGUCUGCGAUACUCAGAGCCUUAAAUAUCCGCUUGGACACAAACAUCAAUUCUCGACGCCGACUUCUAGAUGCACAAGGUUACCCUACUUGGUUUACACUAAAGGACCGUAAGCUUUUAGCUCUGCAAGGCAAUGGACAGUUGACACCCAAUGCAGUGGUAGCCAARGAUGGUAGUGGGCAAUAUAAGACAAUUGCUGAAGCAAUUGCCGCAUGCCCCAAGAAUAGCGUAUCUAGAUAUGUUAUCUAUGUGAAAGCCGGGACCUAUGAUGAAUACAUUAUAGUUACCAAAGGUCAAAAUAAUAUUUUCAUGUAUGGAGAUGGGCCAACGAGUACAAUUGUCACCGGAAAGAAGAGCUACGCUACAGGCACCUCCACAUUUCGAACUGCCUCAUUUUCUGUUAUUGGAGAUGGAUUCAUCGCCAAGUCGAUGGGAUUCGAAAACACAGCCGGUCCCCAAGGCCACCAAGCAGUGGCGCUUCGCGUCCAAGGGUGGAUGCCAUGGAAUGGCACCUUUGCACUCGAUACUUUGUUAUAUGCUGAGUAUAACAACCGUGGUCCAGGUGCUAAUACCGCCCAAAGGGUCAAAUGGAAGGGUUUCAAGGUCAUCACCGAUAGGAAUGAGGCUCUUCGUUUUACUGCUGGACCAUUCCUUCUWGGGAACGAGUGGUUGAAAGACACCGGAGCGCCUUUCAUUCUUGGAUUGAAGUACUAA